AUCCAUGAUUCACCACUCGGCAUCUUCAGACGGUACCCCUGGAUCUGCUUCUAGACCUCUUGGUUCUCCCACCAGCGCCAAUGGCCAGGCCAAUGCCGCUCGCCGCCCGCCGCGCAAAAGCACCCUCACCCAGCAGCAGAAGAACCAGAAGAGACAGAGGGCCACACAAGAUCAAUUGACGACUCUGGAGAUGGAGUUCAACAAAAACCCAACUCCCACGGCUAGCGUCCGCGACAGAAUAGCCGAGGAGAUUAAUAUGACUGAGCGAUCUGUCCAGAUCUGGUUCCAGAACAGACGAGCCAAGAUUAAGAUGCUGGCCAAGAAGAGUCUUGAAACUGGCGAGGACAUUGACUCUAUCCCCGAGUCCAUGCGGCAAUAUCUCGCGAUGCAGGCAAUGGAGUCAGGCAAGGGGUUUGCUGGGAGUUACAUGGGCCGCACCGGCCUGAUUCCUUUUGGUGGUAACAACAUGCUCUUUGGCGGCGACCAGAGCGCGCAAGGCAAAGUUUUGAUCCAUCACCUUACUUGUCGCUCUCUGAGUAUCGGCAAAUGGACGCGAGUUGGACAAAACACCAUGGAUCUCAUCAUCUUCUACUCGCCGGACAAGUGCACCAUGACCUAUUACAUCAACAACGAGCAAGCUGGAUACAAAAUCGAGUACCCCUUCUCCCAUAUCAAGAACAUUUGGCUCGAGAACGCGGACAAUGACAUGAACAAGCUAGCUGGCAUCUUCAUUGAGCUCAACCAGCCACCUUAUUUCAUGAUGGACGCAACUUCGUCGACAACGGGCUUUGAUUAUGUCAGUGAUUUUACCGAGGACCAACAGGCGUCUCAGUGCUUGCUUCACCACCUUGGAGGCAACCCCAAGGUCUUGGCCAACCAAUUGGCCAAGCUGGUGUCCUUGGAAUCUUUUAUGAACCGCCACAACCCUCACAUGCGCCAGGUUCAUCCAUUUGCUGAUCCCCAAGCCAUCUCUGUUUCGGCGCCUGUAUCUCCCACGCUAGCUCGACCCUCGUCACAGCCAAGCUUCGGCGCACAGCCCAUGGCCAUGGCUCAGCAGCAAUGGGGCAUGGCCAACAUGCACUCUGCCGCUGGUAUGAGACCCCCGGGCCACAAACGACAGCGUAGCCGCUCUGUUCCAGGACCUGUUGACUUUGCCAUGUUUCAAAACCAGCCCAUGCCGUCCUUCUAUAUUCAGCCUCCUGGAGAUAUGGGCGCUCAGCACAACCCCAACAUCUACGCUCCAGUGCCACAACAACCCAACGCUGCCCACAACUUGAGGAUUGACACACAAGCAGGCUUUGGUUUGGACAUGCGGCAAUACCCCAUGUCAGCAACAACUGCUUCGCCAUCCGAGUUCCCUCCGAGCCCAGGCUACUUCACCCCCGGCCCUGAGGCUGGUGGUCCCCUCGCUCCGUCAAACUACAGCACCCCAUAUGGUCACGCGUUCCUAUCGCCAAUGGUCAGCGCUGAAGCCAACAUGCCCACAGCCAUCUCUCCCUUGCCCUUUAACGGCCCUUCCGAACCCUCAAUUGUCGAGCACUCUCCUCCCAUGGCCAUGAUGGGCCGCCCAGGCUCUUCAGAAAUGUACAUGGGUCAAGACAGCUCAUGUGCUGUGUCGGAUGACGGUGUUAGCCUGAACGAGAUGUACUCCAAGCACUCAAUCAACAUGCCAAUGCACGAGUCAAUGCACGAACAAAUGCAUGAACAAAUGCACGAGCCUUCACCAGGAAGUUAUGUACAGCAUUCACAAGCGGAUAUCGACAUGGACCAGCUGGUCCAUUUCGAUGCCGUCGAUCCAUCCAGUCUAUCACCAGAGGCGAUGCAGUCCAUGCCUCGGUAGUCUUGAUGGAUAAUGGUGGUAUUGCUGGCUUUGCGCUUCAUUUGGUCUUUUUUUGCCCUUGGCGUUGUUUGGACACAUCAUUACAACGGAAGGGCGUUCUUCGGUAAAUCUAUACCAAUUCGGAAACUGCAUCGUGUCUCCCUGCAAGACAUCUAGGAGCUCAUCUCGCCUCAUAAAAUUAUGUUCGCCCAUACUCUUUUUUUUUGUUAGCUGCCUACCGGUGGUAUAAUAUGUUUGGCUUGACUUACCUGCCAUCGCAAAAUGCGGCCAUGAUGAAUCUGCAUGACGGUAUCAUUCUUUAACAUCGGUCAUGCAUGUCCGGUACAGCGAUCGUACGAGUUACUUCUGCGCGUGGAGAUUUUACUCAGCCAUACUCUUUUUUUUUUUUUUUUAUCUACCGCCUGCGCGUUUAUCUCUUGUUUGCUUGGUGAUCUUAGUUGAUGGAUGUAUCACAUCCGCAUACUCCACAUUAUCUGCUUCUCCUUUUUUCUUCUUCUAUUUCUUCAUCUUUUUAUCUAUCUUCUCUUGGCUACUCGAUGCGUAAUUGCCCAAGGGGAGCACACAGCUGUCUCGCAUCUCGCGGGACUUAAUUUUCUUUUGGCGCACAUCAUUAGUUCCGGGAGUUAUCAUUUCGCUUUGUUUCGUGUUUCGCACUUGCGUUUUUAUUUGGUUUGCAACCCCGGAGGUUGUGACUGAACUAAACUGAAGUUUUGUUUUAUCUUGGAUUUUUUUAACUAAUGGAAAAACCGAGAGGGAAAAGGAAUAUAUGGUGCAAGAGGUGGAAAGACUUUUUUUGUUAAAAGUAUAGCAGUGCAUGUGUGUAUGUGAGGAUGAUGUUGUGUAUGUGAGCGAGCGAGACAGAAGCGGAGGAAUCUGCAUCUCUUCGACGUCGACGAUGAUGAAGAAGGGCAUUGCACUUUUUUUUUUGUAACUAUUGGGUAACUUUAGAGUUACGAGGGAAUAUGGCGGUCUUAUUGGCGGCCAACCGUGAACCUUUUGCAAUAGUACUUUUGAUGUUCAAAGUUUCCCUUUGCCUUUUACGUGAAUUCACCUGUGUUCGUUCAAGCUUGCCUCGUAGUUUCAACAACCCACGCGACUACGGCCAUUUUAUACAGUCAACCUUGUAUCAUGCUGUAGGAUCUGUCUGACUUGGUCUUAAUUUAAUACUCUCUCCAAGUUUGUGCCCGCAGAAUCGGCUAAUGAUGGCAGCUUGAGCAACAUACUCUUUUGUAUAAAUCGACGUGCUGGGUGUAGAGAACGAAUUACAUUUUGCCAACUGGCUGCAGGCUUCUAGCAAGCCUUUAGGCAAUUAACAAUGCACAUACCAAUUGAGAGACUCCUGGAACUCUGAUUUGCUUCUGAAUAGUAGGUACAUGAAUCUUUAUUCAUUGUCUUUUACUCGAUAUCAUCUACAAGUCAAUGAAAGCCAUAAGUGGUCGAGGCCCAAUGUCGGUGUGGUUCUCAACUUGGUUUAAAAAUAGAAUAGAGUUUCUUCGUUAUGACCCAAAGUACGUACCUUUGUCGUAUUUGUAUAGCCCUUUGGGCCACAGUAGUAUUGCAGUCGUAUUGCGGGGGGAGCCUUUGCUCUAGUCAGGAUGCUAAAAGCGGCACAACUGAGAUCUCCCCAGCCACGAUCAAGCCCUCUAGCACUGCCGGUGUGCCCAACCACUGGGCUUGGGAGAGCAUCGCCGCUUACACGUAAUGCGGAUGCGUCAUACCAGACGCGCCUCGUUUCAGAGCCCGACCUAGG